GACAUUCCUGCAGACACGCGAGAGACACGAGCUCAACGGACUUGCUAGUACGCCUACCAGACUAUUCAUCUGACUUGGACUGGAAAUUGAUGAACCAACACACUUCGCCUUCUUUGCGCCCAGCUGAUUUUUUAUGUUUUUACCUGCCAUGGAGAGUGCUAUCAUCACCACCACCACCACCACCACCAAGCACCAAGCGGCCACUUACAGACUGGCUCUAUCGGACAAGUAUGCCUUCGCUACUUUGGCAAGUACUGCAAAAAGCUUGAGCACAAGUGUCCACGAGUCGAAAGAGUGUACAUCCGUAGUGCUGAAAAGACAGCGCUCCGACAGCCCCGAGCUCCUGCGCUGCAAGCGAAGGCUCGCCUUCAACGGUUUCGGUUACGCUAUUCCUCAGCAGCCACCGGUUGCAGUGGCCAGGCGCAACGAGCGCGAGCGAAACCGGGUCAAGCAGGUCAACAUGGGCUUCCAGACUUUAAGACAGCAUGUCCCCAACGGAGCAGCGAACAAGAAGAUGAGCAAAGUGGAGACCUUACGAUCUGCAGUGGAAUACAUCCGUGCGCUACAGCAGCUGUUGGAUGAGCACGAUGCCGUCUCCGCAGCUUUCCAGUGUGGGUUGCAGUCGCCUCCCUUGUCCAAUGCCUAUUCUGCGGAUCCAGAGUCUCCCCAUUCAACGUACUCCUCCGAUGACGGAACAAAUGAACACCUUAGCUCCGAAGAGCAGGAACUGCUUGAUUUUACAACUUGGUUUGAUAGAUACUAGAUGAAAGAAGACCCAAAGAAGAUUCCCUACGUUUAGUCACCUUUACCACAAGAUACAUCCGUCCCAGGGGAGAGAAGAAACAGUCCUUACGCCAAAAAGUUCAACUGCCAGGACGCGCAUCAUUAGAGCUCAGCGUUGUUGAUGUUCUUUCACAUGGAAAAACAGGAACUGAUGUUUCAAGCCCCAUUGUACAAUGACCUCACAAGGUAAAGGUGAUCUGGCUGAUACCAGGCCAUCAAACACGAAAACUGAACUGGAAGUUAAAGCUGGUCGAAACUUCUGCUUUCCUCUCUUGGAUGAUUUUUUUGCCACUGAGCCUUACCUCUUGAGUUCGAUGUGGAUGUUUUCUAACUGAACUUUUUUUAAAUUCCCAACCCCCAGCUGUCCAUGUCUUCCUGUGAUUGUAAAUACCUCCACUUUUUUACAUUAUGUGUAUAUGCAAUGUUUAUAUAG